CGGCCGGUGCCCCCCCCCCCUUGAGCCGGGGCGGGAGCCCAGUGCCACAUCACCGCGCCCACCAUGCUGCCGCUGCCGCUUGCCGUGCUGGUCGCACUGGCUGCCACUGGUGACUGCCAUGGGCCGGCAGCUGCUGACAGCGGUUCGUACCUGGACUCCUUGGUUGGGUUUGUAGCCACCUGUGUGGACCUGCAGCUCACCACCUGUGCAGAUACCACCUACAACCGUACCACCUUCCCCACGGCGCUGGAGCACCGGUCGCGCGAGGCGGUGGAGGCCAGCUCAGAGUACAUCCUCCUGAGCGUGCUGCACCACCUCUUGGAGGGCCAGUGCAACCCCGACCUGCGGCUCCUGGGCUGCGCUGUGCUGGCCCCCCGCUGUGAGGGCGGCCUGGUGCAGAGACCCUGCCGGCACGUGUGCCAGGGCCUGCAGGAGGCCUGCCAGCCCGCCUUCGAUGCCAUCGACAUGGCCUGGCCCUACUUUCUGGACUGUGCCCACUACUUUGCGCCUGAGGAGGAGGGCUGCUUUGACCCCCUGGAGGGGCUUCGUGGAGACCUCGAGCCAGAGGAGGCGCUGCCCUCAGGCCUGCCACCCACCUUCAUCCGCUUUGCCCACCACUCCUAUGCCCAGAUGGUACGAGUGCUGAAGCGGACUGCGGCCCGCUGCUCCCAGGUGGCCAAGACCUACAGCAUCGGGCGCAGCUUCGAGGGCAAGGACCUGCUGGUCAUCGAGUUCUCCAACCGCCCCGGCCAGCAUGAGCUCAUGGAGCCUGAGGUGAAGCUCAUCGGCAACAUCCACGGCAACGAGGUGGCAGGGCGCGAGCUCCUCAUCUUCCUGGCGCAGUACCUGUGCUCCGAGUACCUGCUGGGCAACCCCCGGAUCCAGCGCCUGCUCAACACCUCCCGCAUCCACCUGCUGCCCUCCAUGAACCCUGAUGGCUACGAGGUGGCGGCAGCCGAGGGUGCCGGCUACAAUGGGUGGACCAGCGGGCGGCAGAACGCACAGAACCUGGACCUGAACCGGGACUUCCCGGACCUGACUUCCGAGUACUACCGGCUGGCUGCGACGCGCGGCGCCCGCACUGACCACAUCCCCAUCCCGCAGUACUACUGGUGGGGUAAGGUGGCCCCGGAGACUAAGGCUAUCAUGAAGUGGAUGCGGACCAUCCCCUUUGUGCUGUCCGCCAGCCUCCACGGGGGCGACCUGGUGGUGUCCUACCCCUUUGACCUCUCCAAGCAUCCCCUGGAGGAGAAGAUGUUUUCCCCCACGCCCGACGAGAAGAUGUUCAAGCUGCUGGCCAGAGCCUAUGCCGACGUCCACCCCAUGAUGAUGGACAGGUCGGAGCACAGGUGCGGGGGCAACUUCCUGAAGCGGGGCAGCAUCAUCAAUGGCGCUGACUGGUACAGCUUCACAGGAGGCAUGUCCGACUUUAACUAUCUGCACACCAACUGCUUCGAGAUCACAGUGGAGCUGGGCUGUGUGAAGUUCCCACCCGAGGAGGCCCUGUAUGGGCUCUGGCAGCACAACAAGGAGCCACUGCUCAGCUUCCUGGAGAUGGNGCACCGGGGUAUCAAAGGCAUGGUGGUGGACAGAUUUGGAAAGCCGGUCAAGAACGCCCGCAUCCUCGUCAGAGGCAUCCGCCACGACAUCACCCCAGCUCCGGAUGGAGACUACUGGAGACUGCUGCCACCAGGGACCCACAUCGUCAUCGCCCAGGCACCUGGCUACGCCAAGGUCAUGAAGAGAGUCACCAUCCCGCUCCGGAUGAAGCGGGCUGGCCGCGUGGACUUCAUCCUGCAGCCCCUGGGCACAGGACCCAAGAAGUUCCUGCCAGCGCUCCGGAGAACUACACCCCACUUCCGGGUCACACGGGGUGGUGUGACCCCCCGGAGGGAACCCGCAGAGCAGAACCCCCAACCCCUUGAGGAGCACAGGCUGCCUGCAGCUGGUGGGAGCAAGCCCUGGUGGUGGUCCUACUUCACAUCGCUGAGCCCCCACAGGCCGCGCUGGCUGCUCAAGUACUAGGCCGCUCGCCCGUCCGCAUGCUGGGUCCUGGCUCUGGCUCCUCACCACAGCGUCAU